AUCGCAGUUGGCAGUUGUUCACUGAGGCCGACGACAACAAACCAUCUUAGAACUGCUGCUGCUGUAGUGGUAAUUCCUCCUCCUGCCUCACAUCUAUCAUCCUCCAUUAUCUUUACCCCUGGUCUUCCGUGUGUGCCCGCCUCUGCUUCCUCAAAGCUUGCCCACCUGCCCACUCACAGGGAUAUGCUGGAAUUUUUUGUCUAUAAAUACUGUUUGGUAUGUCUCCUGUCCAGUGACGUUUCAUAGAGCAUCAUUGGCUUGCUCAGGAGGCUCCCUUCCUCUUACCAAAGGUCCAUGGGGUCUGGAUGUGAGUGAUGAUGAUGUGGAGUUUGUGGAGGGGCACAGGGAAGAGCUGACCACUGAGGAGCUGCAGAAACUUAAGGAGGAGGAGCACAAGACUAAGAUGGAUGCUCUCUCUUCAGGCUUGGAAGAGGAGAUAGAGGAAGCCCCUACUUCAUUAAUCAAGGAAAUCUUCACCAAAUGGAUAGACAUCAAAAACUUUGCAGAGAAGUACCACCCCAACAAAGCCCAAACAAGCCGUAAUAGCAUUGUCUGAAAUGACCAGACAAUGUCACAUUUCUGAAACAUCCUGAGGAGAAGGCAGAAACCAGGUAGUUAGUUGGUCUCCAGAUGGCAGAGGAAGCAGAGACCUCCUUAACGAAUCUAAGUGAAGCUUGUUGCACAAAGGACGAUAGUGAUACUGUGGUACAAAAUGGAAAUAACAAAAGAGAACACAAUGAUAGUAAAGAAGACUUAAGCAUUCCUAUUGAAAGAUCAGAGAUAUCUGAUGAGGAAGCAAGUAAAAAAGUGAAAUCUGAAAAUGACAGAAAAGAUGGAGAAAGUUCCGUCGUCUUUGGUAGAAGGGCGAGAAGGUCAAGGAGUUACCGGACGAGGGUCAUUGAAUCAGACUCUGAUGAUGAUGGCGACAACACACUAUGCGAGAGGGGUGCAAGUAGUGUCAACGACAGGACAACCAAUGACACUGGGGAUACUCUCAUAAGCAAGUCCAUUACCACUAUAACUACUGGCCCUGCCUCAGAAAUGGACGAGACUAGUGCAGACACCAGCCGAGACACAGAGACAGAUCACAUGGAGCCAACUAGUCCUUCAGCUAUGGAAACUGGAAGUGCAGCAAGUGGCAAUACAGAUAAUGAUGGCACUGAUGAUUCACCAGUGUCAGAACGUCGUCGAGAAAGAAUUCACAAUCGUCAAACUAUAUUUGGUGGCCUACUGUCAGAUACAGAUUCCGAUUCAGACGACACAAGACAGAGAAGAAGCACUCGGGAUAGUUUGGAAGAUGAAUCACAGCGAAGGGAUACUGAAGAAGCCAUUGCCAAAGAAAUUAAAAGAAUUCAAGACCGACCUUAUCCCAAACAUAAGUGGAAUUUUGUUGAGCAAAUUAUUCAAAGGCAGUUAGGUGGGAGAGCUAAACAUCAGACAUCAAUCUUGUUCGGCCACCAUUAUUAUGACUCCCUCCAUGUGCCUAAACGCCUUGAGUUAAUGUACAAAAUGGAGUUUCAUCGGGGAUGUGUCAAUGCAUUAAGCUUUAAUACCACUGGAACUAGAUUAGCCAGUGGCUCAGAUGACUUUCAGAUUGCUGUGUGGGACUGGGCCAGAGAAAAAGCUUUGAUCACAUUCUACAGUGGCCAUCGAAAUAAUGUAUUCCAGAGUAAGUUCCUACCAUUAAGCGGAGACACACACAUUGUAUCUUGUGCGCGUGAUGGACAAGUACGUUUGGCAGAGCUCUCGUCAACAGGCGUGUGCAAAUCCACCCGCAAGUUAGCCAAGCACCAUGGUCCAGCACAUAAAUUAGCAACACUUCCUACCUCCCCACAUGUUGUAUUAUCUGCUGGAGAAGAUGCAGUAGUACUUAACAUAGAUAUUAGACAAGAGCAGCAUACUAGGGUUGCUCUGGUGAAAGAUGUAUCUGGUAGUCGUAUUUCCCUGUACAGCAUCCAUGCACAUCCUGUCAAUGAGAAUCAGUUUUGCGUCAGCGGCCAUGAUCAGUUUGUGCGAGUUUAUGAUCGACGUUGUGGGAAUCUAAGUUUCCCAGUUUUUAAGUAUUGCCCUCGUCACCUGUAUGAGGCUUCACCAACACCAACGGUAACGUGUGCUGUUUAUAGCGGAAAUGGUGAUGCCAUAUUAGCAUCAUACAAUGACGACGAUAUUUACUUAUUUGAUACGUCACUCUCAGAGGGUGCUGAUGCUGUCCAUAGGUACUCCGGCCACCGCAACAAUGCUACAGUUAAGGGCGUUAAUUUCUUUGGACCUGGUAGCCAGUAUGUGAUAUCUGGCUCUGACUGUGGUAACAUAUUCUUCUGGCAUCGGGAAACUGAAGCCAUUGUUCAGUGUAUGCCUGGGGAUGAAAAUGGGGUGGUAAAUGUCCUGGAACCACACCCCCACAUCCCAGUAUUGGCAACUAGUGGCCUUGAUGAUGAUAUUAAGAUCUGGGUUCCUACUUGUGAAGAAGAUCCUGAUUUGCCUAAUUUGGAACAAACUGUAAAAUCAAAUUUGAGGAAGCGUCAUAAGGAGCGCUAUGAAGAAUUCACUGGAUUGGACACGCAGAUGCUGAUGGUUCUAUGGCACCACAUACGACGGACAGAUCGCAGACGUCGUAGGAUGGCAGCAGCAGGAAGUACUAGUAAUGGUAGUGGUGGAGCUGAGGGUGGCGCAGGCACAGGAGGAUCCUCAAGUGAUGAGAGUGAUAGUGACGAUUCUGAUGGCCGCCGUGGUGUUCAGUGCGCCACUCAUUAGUCAUCUUAGAGAUAGCCAAAAAUGAAAGUUUGUAAUAUGUAUAAUUAAGGACAGUGUUUACUUGGAAUAUUUUUCAUAGCUCAAUUUUCCAUUUUGAGGGUUAAUAUAAAAGAUUUAUAUGUAUAGAAUUCAUUAGUAAAAAUUUGUGUUGCUUAGCAGUGUUAAAAGCUACAACUCCUUGCUAGCGAUAAAUUCAAAUAAUAUAACAUCUUAAAAUUAUCAUCAGCAAAGUUGCAUUGACUUCCAUGGAAUAAAAAGAGAAAAAUCUAAUUUAGGAGCUAUGUUAUGAAAGUAGAAAAACAAAUUUAUGCUAUAGAAAAAAGAUUCAUGUCAAGGUUUAAUAAUUUGUAACUAUUAUCACUUGUCAUAAGUUUCUUCAUUCAUCAGAGAAAUAAUCUUAUUUUUAAUUAGUAAUGUAGUGUACUCUUGAAUUGCUUAAAUUUGUAUUCAUCAAAAUAUAGCAUGCAGGAUUCCUUAUUUUAAUACAGAUAAAAUGCGAUUUAUGAAACCUAUUUUAUUUUCAAUAUUUAUAAUUUUUGUUAAGGGGAUGGUCAUUACUCACCUGUGUGAGAUAGUGCAGUACACAACAGCAUUAAAGAAUAUACAAGUAUUAUUGAAUGCCUUUCUUAAUUUCUAGGGUCUGUGAAUUUAUAAUCUCUAUGCGUGUCACUAUAUAUUUGGAAUAAAUAUAAUAAUUGAGAAUUUUAAAAUAUGAAAAAAGCUAGGAAGUUACACAUUUUUCAAGAGUUCAGUAACUUUUUUCAAGACAUUUGUUGGCUAAUUUUUUUCUUUUGAUUUCAGUAAAAAAAUAAUUGUUCAUAGUCUUAAUAGUAUAUGUAUUUCAAAAUUGUGAAGUUUUGUGGGAUUGCACUGAUUAAUAUUUCAUGACAGUGCACUUCAUUGACCUUUCUAUGAAGUGAUACGAAUCCAUUUUUUCUUUUUAAAAAUGAAUGUACAGGAAUGAAAUGAAGGUUGCUGUCUGAAAGAAAUAGCUCUUUCUAAGUUUAUAUUUAAUAAGAGUAAAUGCUUAGGAAAUAUUUUAUGCUGUAAAACUACAUAGAGCCAGUUAGUAACUAUACGUCAUGCCAUGUUUGGAGAUGUUAAACAUUUUCAAGUGAAAUGGUUUGUUCUAUUGUUAGAAAUAAUUCUUAGGUUUAGAUUAAAAAUUUUACAGAUAUUAGGGGAAAUCUUACAAGCCAAUUCAAUAAUUUGUUAGUUUUAUAUAACAUAUGAAAGAUCACAAACUUGAGGAAAUCAAUUUGAAAACCAGAAAACCUGUAGCUCCUUUGGUAAUUCUCCAUCUUUUAUUUUAGAAAGCAAAUGAUUUUAUGAAUUUCACAGGUUCUUGAACAUACACGUUCUGUGGCAGGGAUUGGGAUGGCCACUAAGAAUAAUUACCAGAGAUUAUUUUCUCACUUAUUUUACCCAGAGUGACCAUAACAGAGAAGACCCCAAAACUAUUCUAACUGAACUUUGCCUUUUCUGUAUUCCUUAAGCCCUCAUUGGACCUAUCCUCUAUAUACUACCCUAGUUUCUGUGCCAUGAAUAUCUUGUGCAUAGUUGAGGGAAAAGGCUUUAAAUUUAUAUAUUUGGUUUGGCUGUUGGCUGUAUUUUGAUAGGUAUAACUUUAUAGUUAUACACUGUAUUAAAUCCUUACCACAGUACCUGUAUACUUUCUUGCCUGUCCAGAUUCUACAACUGGGGAAAUUUCUUGCAUUAGAGAGAAUAUAUAGAAUAGCAUGCUGUCUUGUCUCAAAUAGGUAAUCAAGCAUAUGUAAUUAUAGUAUUUAUUAAGCCAAUUAUACAUUUUCAGUAUGCAGUUGUUGAUGCUGAUACGUCAGUUUCUUGUACACUUUAUGCAGAUCCUGGAGACAUUGUUGUGCCUCGAGUCCAGAGCUAAGUUUGUGCAUCUUUCUAAAAGAUAAUCUGUGUGCUUAGGUCUAGAGAUCACAGAUUAAUACUGACUGUGAUAAUUCUUUUAUUUCCUUGCUUAUAGGGAAUGUUUACAUGUUGCUGAUAGAGUACAACCUUGGUCCCAUUUCUGCAAUUUCUAUGAUUUUGACUGAUAUGAAAGUUAAAUACACAAGCAGGAAAAUCUAUUCAGAUUCACUUCAAGAUUAUAUACCUCCCAAUAGUCACACUAAACAAUUUUUGGCAUAAUGCUAAUGUUUUGGUAAGGUUUCCAGUUGCAUUUGUGCAUGUUAGUGUGCCUUCUUCCUUACUCCAGCUAAUGUGGAGAAGUGUUAUCAAAAACCUUGGAGGUGAGUUGGUUCCUGCAAUUGUAGCAUUGUUGUGGAAAGUUAAGUGCUUUUGUUUAUGCUUAAUGACUGAUCAUUGCACUUUUAUUUUGAAGUGUGUAUAAUUAUUUGUUACCAUAGCUGAUAAUUUUUGUGGUAUAACAGAUUUCUUUAAGCUGUGGAACCUCAGAGUAAAGUAAAAAAAAAAUGUGCUGUCCUAAUGCUCAUUCUUUUAUGAGCACUGCAUCAUGGUUUUACUCAAAGGCAUCUUGAAGAUGUGAUAAAACGAAUUGUUUGAUUUACAGGCUCUUGUAUAUUUUCUUCAGAUGUUGGAUUACAAGCAGCAGGGGCUAUGAAUUUUUUGUUCAAAGUUUGAUUUAUAACCAUAAUAUGAGUUACUGUUUUUAGAUGCUUUGGUAUUUUUUUUCUAUAGUUGAGCUGUAUAAUUCUGCUCAUGUAAAAAUAUAUUCAGUUGUGUAAUUGUUUAGUACUUGCCUAUUUUUAGUUAUGAAGCUUUGAGUACCUGUACAUGCAUAUAAGCAUAUUUAGUUCUCAUGUUUAGCAUUAUAUACAUUGCAAUACAUUUAGGUUGUCUUAGUUACUGAAUUUGCAUAUUGCUAAGAUGUAUGUUUGAUUAUCUGUGCAGCAGUGUGGUGAAAUUAUUAAAACAUAUUCUCUAUAUAAUUAAAUUGCAUAAUGUAUUACCAUCUGAUAUACUGGUAAAUAAAAUAUAAAUUAUAUUAUUAUAAGAGUAUAGAUCAAC